AUGUUUUUCCCAUUUUCUUAUGGCCGCAAGUUUACUUUGAUUACAGACCACAAACCGCUAGUCUCAAUUUUUAAUCCAGCAAAGACCUUACCAACAAUCUCGGCAACACGGAUAUUCAACUAUGCUCACUUUCUCUCCGGGUUCAACUAUGACAUAGAGUACAGGCAAACUGCUCAUCAUAGCAAUGCAGAUUAUCUCUCACGUUUCCCUACCGAAGUUGUACAAGAAAAUGCAAUAGAUGACCUCUCUAAGUACCACAUAAACCAACUAGAAACACUUAAUGUCAACAGUACCGUGGUGGCUAAGGAAACUAUCAACGAUUCUGUGUUGGGUCCAGUCCUACAGGCCUUAAAAUCAGGACAAUCUGUCGAACAAUAUGGAUUUCACGAUAACGAACUGUCCAUUCAAGAUGAUUGUGUACUGAAGGGCUGGAGAGUCAUGAUACCUCAAUCCCUCAAACCUCACGUGCUUCGAGAAUUACACGUAGCUCAUUUAGGAGAAAUAAAAAUGAAGGUUUUAGCUCGCAGUUUUUGCUGGUGGAAAAGUAUAGACAAGGAUAUUGAACAGAUGGUAGCUGAAUGUCGACAAUGCAUUGAACAAUGCAACAACCCGAGAAAAACUAUCCAUCCAUGGGAACAACCUACUAAUCCAUGGGAGAGAGUGCACAUCGAUUUCUUAGGACCAACAGAUGGCCAACAGUACCUCAUAUUAGUGGAUGCUUUUAGUAAGUGGGUGGAGGUGAUACAGACAAGAACAACUACAAGUACAUGGACAGUCCAAGAAUUACGGAAAAUCUUUUCAACUUUUGGGUUUCCUCAAAUCUUAGUUUCAGAUAAUGGAAGACAGUUUGUUUCCCAAGAGUUCAAAAACUUCAUGAAUGAAUGUGGGAUUGUUCACAGAACAACGGCACCAUAUCACCCAAACUCAAACGGCCAGGCUGAAAGAUACGUGCAGACUGUCAAGAAGGCGUUAAAAUCCAUGGAGGGAGAAAAGGGUACACUGCCAAAUAAAAUCCAAAGGCUUGUAAUGCAACUCAGGCAAUCCCCGAAUUCAACUGGUACAUCAGCAUACCACUUAAUGUUUGGAAGGAGUGUACGAACAAACCUCGCAAUAAUUGUUCCAACAUUAGAACCGAACAAAUUUCAGAACAAGGGACUCCAAGUCGGUAUAAAAAGGAAUUUCAAAGUUGGAGAUAAGGUUCAAGCGCGGGUAUAUGUCAAUGGAUCAUCCAAGUGGUACUCGGGCUAUAUAACUGAAAAGCAAGGACAUGUAAUGUACGUAGUUCAGCUGGAAGAUGGGCGAAUAACUAGAAGACAUGUUGAUCAGCUGAUUCUUCGCAGAGUGCCUCAGCACAGUAAAUAG